CGGUCAUUUGCUGGGCUGUUUGGGCGCAAAUCGAUGAAGAUGAAACUGACGACGCUAAUGAAAUGCCUGCUAUUGAAUGGAACGUCAACUCUUUGCCGACCAGUUUGAUCAGCAUUCAACAACAGCUAGCACGUCUCAAAGCAAAUGAAGUUUCCGUCAAGCAAGAGCUGAAAAACUUGCUAAAAAGUCAGCGCAAGUCAACUGAAGAGCUAACUGACUUGAAAAUGUGGAAAAAGAAGGUCACCGAUCGAUUUAGACGGAUCGUCGCCAACAAUGACUACCGUGCGGGCAAUGCUGAACAUGGCUGGACAAAGACGUUUAACUUUACCACCAAACCAGAGGUAGAAGAGAGUUGGUCACCACGAAUUGCCAUCUACGGUGAUCUUGGCCUUAUUAACGGCGUCUCUAUACCAUUCAUCAACAAGCAGGUUGCAGAGGGUGCCUAUGAUGCAAUUUUCCAUGUAGGAGACAUUUCCUACAACUUGGACUCACUCAACGGUCAAAUCGGAGAUGAGUUUUUUCGGCAAAUGGAAACAGCCAUGGCUUCGCUGCCCUACCAAAUGACGGUGGGCAACCAUGAGAGUGCGAGUAACUUUAGUCAAUAUGUGUCACGUUUUACGAUGAUUGACCAGAAGAGUGGCAGUGUAAACAAUCACUUUUACAGCUUCAACAUUGGUCCAGUGCAUGUAGUGGCGUUCAGUAGUGAGUUUUACUACUUCACACAGUAUGGCUCGAUGCAAAUUCACAAUCAGUUUGAAUGGUUGGAAGCAGAUUUGAAAGAGGCAAACAAGCCGGAAAAUAAAGCUAAAAGGCCGUGGCUCAUUGUCGCAGGUCACCGGCCAAUGUACUGCAGCAGCGUCGAUCAUGACGACUGUACAGACAACGAGAGUAUUCUUCGAAAAGGCAUUCCCAUAGUGCAAAAGUAUGGUCUGGAGGAUCUUUUUUACCGUUACGGAGUAGACAUAAUCAUCGGCGCUCACGAACACACCUACGAGCGAUUGUUCCCAGUUUACGAUCGGCAAGUGUUCAAUGGCUCAGCAGAGGAGCCCUAUCGCAACCCAAAGGCGCCAAUUCACUUGUUGGUCGGCUCGGCAGGCUGUCAAGAGGAAGUUGAUCCCUUUGUCAGUAAACCCGAACACUGGAGUGCAAAACGCAUCAGCGACUAUGGCAUCACCGAGUUUCACGUGCUCAACAAAACGCACAUUCGAAAUGGUCAAGUAGUUGACGCGGUAACUCUAAUCAAAGAAAAACAUGGUCCAGAAGCUUGGUUGUAA